AUGGCCCCUGCCGUCCGGCAAUGCUACGACCAAAUGCCGGAGCCGAGAUGGGUUAUCAGUAUGGGCAGUUGCGCGAACGGUGGCGGGUAUUAUCACUACAGUUAUUCUGUGGUCAGAGGGGUUGACCGCAUCAUCCCCGUGGACAUCUUCGUUCCGGGCUGUCCGCCGACGCCCGAAGCGUUGAUGUAUGGCGUCUUCAUGCUUCAGGCUAAGAUGAGGAGAACGAAAAUCACCAGGAUGUGGUAUAGAAAGUAG